AUCUCCACCUCGCCGUGCCAAACGCACACUGACGCGCACCGGAGCGGCGACAUCCACGCUCACCGCCGCGCACUUUCCCCCCAUGCAGCCGACUUUGGGUUGGAAAUAUACAUGGGAGCUCGAGAUGGGACUGGAUAUGUGCCGCGAUUGCAAAUAAUGGAUUCAGUACUGGUUUUUCGUUGAUUCUCCACUUCUGCAGAUAACACUUUUGAGCUCUGUUCCUCCGGAGCCGCGUCUGCGCGUCCCGUAUUCGGUGGGAGGUGUCGAGUCUUAACUGAUCCCAAUUUGGAUGUUUAUUGCUGACUUCUUUUGUAUCCCUCCUCGUCCACAUGACUGAGACAGGGUGCAGCCGGAGAAGCGGCUCCCCACUCGGGAAGACCUACGGCUAAAGUUUGAAGGGUGAAAAGGGGUGCUUUAGUGUGUCUGUCUCCAACCUCGCGCUGGAUUUUGCAGUCAGCCAUAAAUUGCAUUAAAUAGCGGAUAUCCCAUCCAUCUCCGCACACGGUUGGGAGCCAUUCUACUUGGAUUUAUAGCACUUCUGGAUUUCACCCCCCGUCUAAAUCAUGAGGACCGUCGUUAUUGAUGGGGGCCGACUCCUUUUCCUGGUGAUGUGGCUGAACCUUGUGCCUCAAACUGAGAGUUGCCCUGCCAAGUGUGUGUGCUACAGUGAGCCCAGGCCCACUGUGGCUUGCCAACAGCAAGGACUGUUUUUCAUCCCUACAGAGAUCCCUGUGCGAAGCCAACGGAUAUUCCUACAGAGCAACAAACUCACAGUGGUGAGGUCCACCAGUUUUAGUUCUUGCCACAAUCUUACUGUUCUCUGGCUCUACUCAAACAACAUCAGCUACAUUGAAGCUGGAGCUUUUUAUGGUUUGGAAAAACUAGAGGAGCUGGAUAUUGGCGAUAACAGCAACCUCCGCACCAUCAGCCCAACAGCCUUUCGGGGCUUAACGAAGCUGCACACCCUCCAUCUGCACAGGUGUGGCCUGUCAGAACUCCCUGUUGGGGUUUUCAGAGGAAUGUUCUCCCUGCAGUACCUUUACCUACAGGACAAUAACAUUUUAACGCUGCAUGACGACACGUUUCUGGACCUUGCUAACCUCACUUAUCUCUACCUGCACAAUAAUAAAAUCAAGAUAGUAACAGACAACAUGUUUCGGGGCUUACUCAAUCUGGACAGACUGUUAAUCCACCAGAACAGAGUUAUUUAUGUCCAACCCAGAGCUUUUGGUGAUCUUGGUAAGCUGAAAUCCUUGUUCUUGUUCCUUAACAACAUUACCGUCUUGACAGGGGAAACCAUGGACCCACUGGUUUCCCUCCAGUAUUUGCGUUUAAAUGGGAAUCAGUGGAUCUGUGACUGCCGGGCGAGGAGCCUAUGGGAGUGGUUCAAACGUUUCAAAGGUUCCAGCUCUGAAUUGGAGUGCCAUGUCCCUGACUUUCUGGCCGGUAAGGACCUGAAACAACUAAAAAGUGAAAACUUAGAGGGAUGUGUUGAAACGCCACAAAUCCAGACCAAUCUCUUCAGCUCCAAGGCACAGUCAGGGAAAUUCCCUCCCACCGAAAGCCCUCUGGGCGAAGCCAUUCCCAGGUGUUGUCUUGGAGAUAAUGAUAAGUCCUCCAUCCUGUCUGGAAAGAGUCGCCAAAUAACUAACAACCCUCUGAAGGGAAAGGAGAACAUGUUGAAGACUAAAUACAAGCAGCAGGAGAGAACAAAAAAUGAGACCCAGAUCAAGCAGAAUGAUGGGCCACUGGGAACCUUGUCCAACACCCUGGAGAAGACUUUGGAAAACCUAAACCCUGACUUUAUAGACAAUCCAGAAUCUUCUACAGCCUCAAACAAAAAGAAGAAGAAGUGUUCCAAAAAGCCCAGAUCAGACAACCAGUGCAUCAAAAGCCGAGGCUCAACUUUGCAAGAGCUGCAUUGUCUCAUCAUUCCCAUGAUCUGGAUAUCUCUAGCCAUGUCUUAGGACUCCCCAUGACGCUCUGCACACAGGACUCAAGAAUGUUGAUGCUAAUGACAAUGAUAGAGAAGAUGCAGCGACAUCUACAACAGGCAGUGACUGAAAAGCAAGGAGUCCUGUUGACUCAACAUUGCUGGAGAUAAACAAUAACAACGACGCAAGAGUACAGCGAAUAAAAUGGAUGCCUUUACAGAACACUACAGAUCUAAUGUAAAUAAUGAGUUGGUGCCCAAAAUUGUUUGUUCUCUAUGUACUCAACCGUACUGUGUCAAAGCUACACUUUGGAGGCUUCUCCACUUUCCCUCUCAAAGGCUUUUAUUGGUUAGACAGGCCACUGGAAGACAAAAAGAGAAAAAAAAAGAAAAAAGAUGAGCAAACAAAUACAGGAAAUCAGAGGCAGAAUGCACACAAAGAAUGUUUGGUCUGUUAAAUGAAGAAAAAAAUAAGAAAAAAAAUCCCAUCAUUAUUUAUUCAGACUCAUGCAUUUGUUGUUUAAUGUUCUUUUUUUAUGUUUAUAAAAAUAUUUGACCUCCGUUGUUUUUAGUUCUAUUUUCAUGACAGAAAACAAAUGUGGCUAGCAUUUACCAAAAGAAUGCUAUCCAUGUGUUUAUGGAGACUGCAAUGGAACCAUAGAUAUGCAUUUUAUUUUAAUUGUGUAAAAGUA